AUGACCCCGACUCGGCCCUCGGCGGCCGUGGCGAGCGGACGCGCGCUGGUGUUUACGUCUCUGCUGGUGCCGGCUGAGCGCUGUUUACGGUCAGACGCCGAUAGCACAAGGAGGAAGCAUCGCCAGGACUUGUGGAGACGAAAACCAAGCAAAAAUGAAGUUGGUAACGCGAGUUUCAGAAUUAAUCAACAACCGCCGCUGCCGUAUAGAAACCUCGUUUGUUUCGAAGAGACCGAGAUGGCGAUUGCGAGAGCUACAUUAUCACCGAGAUCACAAUUCCAAGUGAUCACGAAACAGCGGGUGAACUAUUUGACGACGAAUCUGAUGACAACGAUGAGAUGCAGCUUACUGAAAGUAAAAACGAUAGGAACACAGAUCGAGGUCCAUUGUUUCCAAGAAGAAGAUGAAGAUCGUGCUACUGGCUAUUCCGUGUUUGAGAGGCUGACAUCGUGAAAUAUUUGUAAAGUGCUUUUUUAGAUUUAUAGGAAACUUACUGAAACACACUGUAGUUUGAUUGGUGUAGACUUUUAUUUGUUUCUCACAUAGCUUAUACCAUUACUUUGUGGUUCUUCACACAGAUUUCACUUGUAGCCUCAAGUGUUUAAAAAUAAUGUGCUUCUUUCUAUGUAUGAGACCUGCUAUAAAAAUUGUGAUAUGAAAGCAUAAUGCCAGGCUGAUGGCAUCCUCCUAUUA